AUGAAGCUAUCUGCAAGGAAUUUUCCCUUUUUUUUCCCCAUUUUGACGUUUUUUCUGAUCCUCUUUAAGUAUGGCUUGGUUAAGGGACUGUACGAAACGAAGGCGUUCCCGCUGAUUCACCUAAUGACGAACAGAAACACCUAUGUUGGGUCCAGCAAUUAUAUGAUUAAAAGCAAUUUGAUAAAUAUACUGACCCUUUACAAAGACGUCAAGUUUGAAGGAGACAGUUCCACCAUAGAUGAUCUGCUAGACGUGGAUGACGAAACAAAAAUUGAAAGGCUCGUGAAGGAAAAAAUGCAGAUCAUCAGUAAGCAUGUGAACUCACGACAGUUGGUUAAAUAUUCUGGGUUUAUCCACCUGUACGAAAUUGUGCAUAAUAGCAAUUUUUAUUUUUUGCUGCACUUUAUUUUGAAAAAUAAUAAUAAUGGCGUGGUGAUAGUGGUGCCGGAGGAUUUGCACAUAGACAGGGAGGAGUACCUGCGAGUUAACGGGGCGGCGUUCCAGAGUAGCGGCACCACAGAUGAUCGAAGCGGCGAUGAUCGAAGCGGCGAUGACCGAAGCAGGGAUGACCGAAGCGCCGAUGACCGCAUCAGUGCUAACCGCAUCAGCGCAAACCGCAUCAGCGAUGACCUGCUGGAGAGGCGAAUCCUGUUCGCCCAAACGUUCCUGCUAAACUAUAGACUAAACCAACCGGUCUAUUUCGUAAAAAACAACAAGGAGGUGGAGCGCAUUUACCAAAACUACAAGGGCAAGUUUGGCUUUUUCGACUUAACCAGAAAUGUGAGCAUCAUGCCACUAUCCAAAAAUCAACACAGAAACAAAAUAAGUGCCCAAAAUGUAUUCUAUUUUUUAAGUAAAGAUAAUAUUCACAUAAACUCUGUGUUUAAUAAGAUCAAAAAUAGUGAAACCUUUCUCUUUACGAAAAGGAAAACAAUUGUCAUUACGAUGGAUUACAACGUCUUUAACAUUAUAAGUUCGCAUCCCUCCCAUAGUACAGCGACAAAUACAAAGGUGAUUGCCAUGACGGAGUUAAUAAAAUUAUUUUCUCAUGUUUACAAAAACGAGGACGUGAAUUAUAACAUCCUAUUCUUAUUCAGCAAUUAUUACUUUGGUAUAGAUCAUUUUCUGGAUUCGAUGAACGUGAUAUUUAGGGAAAACAUCGAGUUCGUUUUAACUUUGGAUAGUCUGAACGAUGUGAAUUUUUUUAUUCAUCAAAGUAACAAGUUACCACCCGCUCAUGUGCUGCGUUUUUACGAUAUACUAAAAAAAGUGGUGAUGAAAAAUCUCCAAAUGGAGAUCCAAUUGAGGGAAGAAAAAAUAAAAACACAUAGCAAACAUCUGCCAAAGUUCCAUGAAUAUUUCGAAUUAAAAAAUAUACACAGUUUUACGUUAAGCGCAAAAGAAAAAAUCUUCAGCUUUAUUCAUAAGACACCUUUGAUAGAGCAGAAAAUAAAGCCAGACCAAGUGUCGACACAUAUCAGAAAUAUAUUCGAGGCGUUGUAUGUGUAUGUAAAAUCGUCCAAGGAGGAAAAUUCAAAUGAGAGGGAUAUGCACAAGGAUGUGCUGAGGUAUACCAACCAGAUGAUAGACACUGAAGAAUUUAUCGUACUAAAUGAAAACCUUAACAAAUUUAUCAAAUUUUUUGUGUACCAGGAUGAGGUGGGGAAGUUCAUUAAUUACAUAAAGAUGAUUAUCAAUCCGUUUGUCACCGACUCGAAUUUUCUCAUCAGGGAUUAUAAAAUCCCAUACGAUAAGAAGGAGAAAUAUUUUUAUCAAAAGAGUGCCAUCAUCACCUUUUCCAUGGCCAUUUCUUAUAUCUUCCACUACCUCCAUUUUUUGCUGGUCGCUCUCUUUUUAGCACUUGUCUACGUUUUUGUGAAUUUCCACGUGGUCCCCUCGUUUUACAAAGCGAAGGCUGCGUAG